UUUCGCGGCUCCAUAGUAAGUUGAAGCGGCAGCGCUGGGCAGCUCUGUGUUUAUUCUCUGUAUCAGCUUGGACUUCGGUUUGGGCGAAAGAACCCUGAAAACACGGACCAACUGCACCAAGAAACCUGUAGGCAAGAAAGAAACUUGUGUUCCCGCCUCCGGGCUCUGUGUAGCUUGUGUUUUGGGAAGCGUGUGUUCGGGAAUUGAGUUUGAAAGCUGUGAGAGUGAACUGCAGGAGUGAUUCUGUUCGGCGCAGUCGCUCGGGAAUUUCACAACUCAAAUAAAUGUCUUGUGGGAGACGGACUCUGGGGAAUAUCUUACGGUCUUGUUUAUUCUGACUUGUGGCUGGUGCACACUUCUGAAAGGUUCUAAAUGCCAGGAAUCAGUGCGAGCCCUUUACCCUAUGCAUGCUGGGACAUGGAGGAUCCAGAUCAGUACCAACACUACUUUUAUGACGACCAUGAUCCAGAUGAAGAUUUCUUUAAGUCCACUGCACCCAGUGAGGACAUCUGGAAGAAGUUUGAGCUUGUGCCCACACCACCCACGUCUCCCGUGCGGAGGCUGGAUGAAACAUCUGUGUGUCCAUCACUGGGGGACAAACUUGAGUGGGUGUCCCACUUCCUGGGCCAGGAUGACGAGCUUGAGGCACAGUGCAACCUGAGUUCCAUAAUCAUACAGGACUGCAUGUGGAGCGGCUUUUCAGCCACUCAGAGGCUUGAGAAGGCUGUCAGUGAGCACAUGUUAUGCCAGGGUGGGGCCAAAGUGCCUCUUGUCCCCCAGAUUCCCCCUUCGAGGUCACAGAGUACUCAUGUGGAGUCGUUAUCUCUCAGCAGUCCGAUGGUGGACUGUGUGGAUCCAGCGGCUGUGUUGACCUUCCCGCUGAGUGGCUGCAAGAAGCAGGUGUCCUCUGGCUCUGAGUCACACACCGACUCAUCUGAUGACGAGGAGAUUGACGUAGUGACAGUGGAACACAAGCAUGGCAAGUCACGGCCAGUGAACUCGCGCAAGCCGGUCACCAUCACGGUGCGUGCUGACCCACACGACCCAGGCACAAAACGUUUCCAUAUCUCCAUCCACCAACAGCAGCACAACUACGCUGCCCCGUCCCCUGAUUCAGAGCCUCCUCGCAAGAGGAUCCGCCAGGAGACCUCACAGCCCCGGCCAGGCCCCACAGUCCACACAGUCGAGAGCAAACCCCACUCACCAGUUGCAUCUGUUUCCAGUCCAGCACACUCCACAACCCCCUCACCACCUCUUGCCUCAUCCCAUCAUGGCCCAAAAUCGCAGCCGGCUAGCCCUCAAAGCUCAGACAGUGAGGACAUGGACAGACGCAAGAACCAUAACUUCCUGGAGAGGAAGAGACGCAACGAUCUCCGUUCACGCUUCCUAGCCCUGAGAGAUGAGAUUCCCAGCCUUGUGGACUGUCCAAAGACACCCAAGGUGGUGAUCCUGACCAAGGCGACAGAGUAUCUGCAUCUGCUACAUGCCACAGAUAAGCAAAAAGCCCAGGAGAAGAAGCAUCUCAAAAACAGGCAUCAGCAACUCCUUCGGAGGAUAGCAGAGCUGAAACGCUCUUAAAGUUGGUCACAGAUCCAGGCCAGUCACAGGGACUGUUUUUUGUGAGCGUGCUUGGUUAAAAGUGGGGAUUAUUAAAGACUUAAGAGUUCUGUACGUUUUGUUUUAGUUUAUUCUCCAAUGAUCUUUGCACAUUUGAUUCUGUAGUUAGGGGGAAGGAUACUCCUGGUGUGUUGUGGAUUACAUAAACUUCACUGAGUUUCCCAAAGAGUGCCCUGCUGAUAAAAGAAAAGGGUCUUUCCCCCAAAUCUCUUUAAUAUUAAAACAAUCCUAGUCAGGGACAUUGUAUGAAUUUGAAUUACCGCGCCGUUUGGCAUUGCUUGAAAUGUAGCAUUUAGCUUGUAUGCACAUUUGACCAACUUAAUAAAGUGGAUUAUCUGAUGUAAUGUCUUUGCCCUGCUGUGCCAUAGUUUUGAACAUUAGUUCAAAACUAAAUGUUUUGAACAAUUUAAAAGUGAAGUUUGUGUGGCCCUUGCAAUACUCUAGCAGGAUUGGAGUUCAAUAGACAGGAAGUUGUUACCGUUUGUCUACAUGGAUUACGUUUGGUUUAUCAGUUCAUUCUAAAUGUUCUUGUACUGGUGCACAUCAGAUUUCAUGCCUUACCAAUAUUUUGUGUGUGUGUAUGUACAUAAACUGUGAAAUCUGUAACCAUUUGUACAUAAUAGCUCUGCUGUAUAGGUGUGUAAAGUAUAUUAUACAUGCUUUCCAUUUUAAUACCAAAAUUGAGGUCGUUUUGAACUUUUUUGUUUUUAUAUAUUUAACCCUCUCUUGUUCUGAAUCUUGGUUGGCCUACUUGGUUUAAUCUUAUUUCAAAUCAAAGCUUCUAUUUUUGUUAACAAAAGUAAAAACAAAAAAAAUUAAAAUGACACUAUAGAACCUUACUUUGCAUUGCAAGUCACCUUGAUGUUUCCACUGCCUAGUCAUCUUGUUUUUUAAUGGGUAUAUAAUAAUCGGUUAGUAAUUCAAAAAUGCUGAAGAGACUUUUAUAAUCUAUUUUCUUACAGAGUUCUGUGUUCCUUUGUAAUGGUAAUGUGUGUGUUCUCCCCCCCCCCCCCCCCCUUUUUUUUUUUUUAAAAACAAAAAAGCUCUACUGGUGGUGUAUGCUUCAUUCAUUUACAAGAAUCUCAUAUUUUUAUUACAGCACAUCUCUUCCUAGUGCAAUAUCCUUUGAAUCACACAACUUUCCAGCUCUUCCUUUAUAAUGUCAUCAUCCUGCAUGAUGCCUUGCUUUCUCAUACGUACACUUUCACUCAACCAAGAACCCUUUUAGAGUAUCGCUGUUAUUCCAAAGGCUGAUUUGCACAUCAUCUUCUGACUCAAUCCUUUUCAAAUUCAACCUAGUUUUGAAUUUAAGUCACUAUAAACAACAAUUCUCCAUUGUAAAAUCACUUUUGGUGUUGAACUAGGCCUAAUUGGUCUGAAAAAUUAAUCCAAAGAACUAUGAUGGUAGCCCGUUUGUUCUAUUCCUCACUGAUCUCUUUCUCCAUUUCUGAGACUUUAAGGCCUCUUUAUCUCCAAGAUGCAUAUACCAUCAGCAAGCUCAACACUGUGUUACGUUUAUUUUCUGGUGGAUGAGCCAAGCUUUAAGAUGUUAAUGUUUUGGAAUGUCACAUACCUUUUUCCUCUGUUUGCUGAGCUGAUUUUUUUUUUUAAACAUUUUCUUUGUUGCUCAUUUGUUCACUUUGUCUCUCCUAGUGGUUAAUUGUUACACUUGGAGCAUGACAGCAGCAUUACGCACUUUGUGUUCAGUACCUCAUAGAACCCAUAGAAGUCAGACAAUAAAUUCAAAAUCAGAACA